UUACAUGCUGCUUUCCACGCACUUCGCGCUGCUGCUGCUAAGAUAAAUGUGAUCCUUGAACGACUCAUAGCCCGGACACCUUCGCAUGGCCCUCAGGGAUGAGGAGUACAAUUCUAUCUUAAGCCCAGCACGUAACUUCAACCUCUGUGGUUGAACAUCACAGCAGCAGAAAGAAGGAGGAGAGGAGAACAGGAGGAUGAUAAUGCAUCGCAUCCUAACUCGCGGGGCACUGUGGCGGAUGGCAGCCGUGCGCCCAUUGCUGGUGGGCGUUGCCGUCCCUGAGCCAGCAGUAGCACUGUGUUGCUGUGCCCUCCGUCUGACAUCACAGCCACCUACGGGCCGGCACUGGCUCUCAACCUCGGCCUCCAGCAGGGCAGCGCAUCAGCCAAAACACCAGCCACCUCCAGAGGAUCCACAGUCCAGCUCUGUACCUCCAACACAGGUGGACCAGAAAUGGGAACCUGGGCCUGAUGCUGCAGAGGUGGACCCCCUGCAGGACAAGUCCAUCGGUCUGUUCCAGAGGUUUAAAAAGACCUUCAAACAAUAUGGGAAGGUGAUGAUCCCUGUACAUCUGGUUACGUCCUCCGUCUGGUUUGGAACCUUCUAUUAUGCUGCUAUGAAAGGUGUGAAUGUGGUACCAUUCCUGGAGAUGAUUGGUCUGCCAGAGUCAUUAGUUGGCCUUUUGAAAGACUCUUCGAGUGGCUACGCUCUGACUGCGUACGCCAUGUACAAGAUUGCCACACCUGCAAGAUACACGGUAACUCUGGGCGGCACGUCACUAUCUGUUCAGUAUCUCCGUAAGCACGGCUACUUAUCCACACCACCACCAGUCAAAGAAUACUUCCAGGACAAAAUGGAGGAGACGAAGGAGAAAUUUACAGAAAAGAUGGAGGAAACAAAGGAGCUCAUCUCUGAGAAAAUGGAAGAGACUAAGGACAAACUUUCUGAGAAACUGCAGGAAACCAAAGACAGAGUCUCUGAGGGAAAAGCAUUUUUUAGAAAGAAAAACGAUUAGCAGAUCACAUUUACAUGUGGUGGCCCCGAAUUAAGUUAUCAGUGAACCCGGGGCAAGUAACAAACAGCACUUCUGAGACUGUUCUGGAAAGAAGAGUAAGACAUUGCACUAUCUUUUGUCCUGAAAUGUCACCUCACACAUCCUAGUUAUCACCUGUUGUCUAUCUAAGUGUCAGACUCUGUCCCUCAUUGCCUAAACCCUGCCACGAUGCACUGUUGAGUGUAGACUAGACAUCAGCUUAGCAGACUCCUGGCAAUGCUACAAUCUGGCUCAGUCACCUCUGGCUGGAUUUACACAGGCUCAAGUGAUCUGGACUUUACCUCUUGGUUGAGGCAUGUUCUCAUUUCUCUUUAAAUAUGUAUAUAUGGGGGAAAGGAGGUCUAGGUUUCAUUUGCCUGUGUAAAAACAGUAUUAAAAGAAGCAUACAGUUAAAGACUGUAUGGGGAGUAAGCAGUACUAAUGCAUCUGGUUGUAAGGAAAAUAAAACUUGAAGCCUUUCUGAAGACCAGGUAUCACCUUGUGUCUUUUCUAAUGUAAUGAGAAAGAAAAGAUUUUUUUCUAAUGUAUUUUUAUCUGAUAGCCAAAACUAAUAUAUUACAUAAUUUUGGUGUCUGUACCACUUUAUGUAGUGACUGAAAGCUGUGUAUGUGUAAGUCAGAUGAUUGUUUGGAGGCUGCUCAUGGGACAGAAAUAGUCGCAGUACAUGUCAGUUUACAUGUAGGCUAAUGAGUCGUCAGUCAUACAUGUAAACACCCAGUGGGUACUCUAUAGUACAUACAGUAGUAUGUAUGAACAGAGGAAAGACUGUGUACAUGGACCUAAUAAAAUGUUCACAGUGUACAACUUUGCAAACAAACGUCUUAGGCACUUUGGUAAAUAGACAAAUGUCAGAAUUUCAAACAGAUGUGUGGUUCAAACCACAAAUGAAUAAAGUGAAAGGCUAAUCA